CGUAGCGCUUGAUACUGUAGUUUUCUGGCUUCUUUUGUGUGUGUAGCUUUUAUAUUUUUGUUGUGAUUUGUGGACUUAAACUACCUGCUGGUUCAGCUCUUUUAAAUCUUUUUAUUUUGGGAAGAGGAAACCUACUUUAAUUAUUUUUUUCUAUUUAUUAUUCUGGGUCAAGAUUAUUACUUUUACAACAGGCAGAUGGUCAGUCAGACAGCCAUGCGAGGCCAGCGUGUGGUGGAGAGCGAGUGCAGGUGCUGGAACCCGGCCGUGUGGCUCCUGGUGUCCUUGCUCGGCUCCCUUGUGUUGGUGGCCCUCAGCGUACUGAUGCGACUAGGAGACGUGAAGAUAAACAAAAGAGCUGUAACCAGCAAUAUGAUGCAAACCCUCGGAAGGUACCAAGUCCAACUGGUGAAUGGCCACAACAGGUGCGAGGGCAGAGUGCAGGUGGGUUACAAUGGCUCAUGGGGCACGGUGUGCGACGACGACUGGGACAUGGUGGAUGCCAACAUUGUGUGUCGGCAGAUGGAAUGCGGAGUGGCUGUGGCCGUGGGCAGCAGCUCCCAGUUUGGACAAGGCGCUGGACUUAUUGCGCUGGAUAAUGUGGACUGCCAGGGAGACGAAGCAGACCUGAGUCAGUGUCGCAGCCUGGGCUGGGGUGUCCACAACUGUUACCACUAUGAGGAUGUGGGAGUUACCUGUAAAGAACCAGUUUUGUUGGGGGCAAGAGGUUUUGUAGAGCCCACCACAACGCCCAUGGACAGGUCUGGAUUACGUGAUGGCGCUGUCCGCUUGGUGAAUGGCAAGAACUCGUGCGAGGGCCGGGUGGAGAUCUACUACCAGGGAAGCUGGGGGACGGUGUGCGAUGAUGACUGGGAACUCCGCAAUGCCAGGGUGGUGUGCCAGCAGCUAGGCUGCGGCAGCGCCGUCUCGGCACACACCAACUCCUAUUUCGGAUACGGCACCGGGCUCAUUCUCCUCGACAAUGUCAAUUGCUAUGGCACCGAACAGGAGCUGAUGAGGUGCAAAAGCCUGGGCUGGGGGAAACACAACUGUGGACACCAUGAGGACGCUGGGGUCACCUGCACUGGAUCCACCACUGUUCCGCCUGCUGUUACAGAAAUACGAAGGAUCUCCUUGGAAACAACAGGCACCACAGUCACAGAAAGAAUUUCAACUACCAAGCCUCCAACAACUACGACAACUGUUACCAAAACUACCCAGACCAAAGGCAUCCCGUCUGUCCGGGUGAUGAACGGCGAAAGGAACUGCGAGGGUCGUGUAGAGGUCCUCUACAAAACCAUCUGGGGGACAGUGUGCGAUGAUGACUGGGACAUGCCUAACGCUAACGUGGUGUGCAGAGCUAUCGGAUGUGGUCCAGCUAUAGCGGCCCUGACCCAGGCCUACUUCGGCUAUGGCUCGGGUCCCAUCCUACUGGACAAUGUGGAUUGUAGCGGAGCAGAAUACGACUUGUCCCAGUGCUUCCACCUGGGCUGGGGUCAGCACAACUGCGGCCAUCAUGAGGAUGCCGGAGUUAUCUGUGCACCUCCCCCAGUGUUCGACCCAAUGCUUUUAAUCCCAAAUGGACGUGACUUCAGAGUUACAGAAACUAUACCAGCAACCACACCCACACCGUCUGAAGGAACAAUGAGACUAGUGGAUGGUCAGCGCCGGUGUGAGGGUCGAGUGGAGAUGUACCUAAAUUCUGAAUGGGGUACAGUGUGCGACGAUGCCUGGGACCUUCCCGACGCCCAGGUUGUGUGUCGUUUAGUGGGCUGUGGGGAAGCCACACAGGCUUGGAGGGAAGCUCAUUUUGGACCUGGCACAGGAACAAUCCUGCUGGACAAUCUCAAGUGCAGUGGUGCUGAAGCCUCCCUGCAGGAAUGCUCCCAUAUAUCUUGGAAGGUGCAUAACUGUGACCACUCUGAAGAUGCUGGUGUGACCUGCUCCCUGUCGUGAUCUCAGCACAAUCUUACUUCUAUCUCCAACCAUGCUAGGACUUGUACAAAUUAUGUAAAUACCUGCUUUUACAUCGUUGAACGAAUACCCCAUAUAAUAAUAUAAUAUACACAAUAAAAUUCAAAAUAUUAAGCACUUUAUAAAUAUAUGAUAUAAAACUAAAUGUACACAUUUCAGCCACACGUUCAACUGUCCAACUCUCUUUAUUUGUGCUAAUAUGUUCUGUACAUGUUAUACAUUGAUGAUCAAGUACUCAAGGAAGUCCAUCAGUUAAGUCUGUUGAAAAUAUUAAAAGGAAGAAUAGACAUUAAAGAUGCAUAUGAUAAAAGUACAAAUGAAAGAUCAGAUAUUGUAUACUAUAAACCAUAAGAAAGCAAGGGAACAAACCGUCAUGUGAAUUUAUUAAAUAUAUCUGUGAUCCUUGUGUUCUGUGCACCCUCAUAAAUAAAUGUAACUAAUAAUCAUAUAUAUAUAUAUAUAUAUAUAUAUAUAACAAAAUAAAUGUUCUUAUUUA